UCUUUUUUAGACUUUCUGUGAAACGAAACACAACUGAACACUGAGCUCUAACUGAACACCAGUGGUUCUAUAUAAAGAGAUCUUGUUGCAUAGGUUUCAUUAUUUCUUCUUAUUUCUCUACAGAUUCUCCUAAAAUGGUGUCAUUUAGAAUUAGCUUUGUCAUCUGGUCUCUGCUGUCUCUUCAUGUCUCCACACAGAGCUGGAAUCUAUUUGACAAGACAAAGGGACCACCCCAGGAUGGUGGACUGCGGUUGGUGGGGGGCAACCAGCCUAAUGAAGGUCGUGUGGAGGUGUACCACAAUGGCAAAUGGGGGACAGUCUGUGAUGAUAAUUGGACCCUGACUGAAGCCCAAGUAGUGUGCCAGCAGCUUGGUUUUCCUAGAGCUGUCUCAGCUAGUUCAGGAGGAACAUACGGAGAAGGUUCUGGUCCUAUUUGGCUUGAUGAUCUGAGCUGCAAGGGAUCAGAGAGCUUUUUGUCCAGCUGUAAGUUUAAAGGCUGGGGUGUUACUGAUUGUUCUCACAAAGAGGAUGCAGGGGUGGUCUGUGAAAGUGCAAAAUAUACGGACAACAAACAUAAGUUCCAACUGGACCACAGCCUGGGCCUGUCUGAAGAUCUUGGGACACUUUUUGAUAGUGGGGACAACUGUGAUUUCAGCAUUGUGGUUCGUGACCCAAGUGAUGACCAAGCUGAACAGAACACAGUUUGUGUCCAUAGGCUGAUAUUAUCUCUCUACCCUCAGUUUAAUAUCUCUGAUAGCAUGAAAGACCUCACAGUUGAAAUUGACCAAAACUGCCAUCCCCAUAUAUCUAGAUUCUUGAGGUAUCUUUACACACGCAAGAUUGACAUCACCCUCUCUUCAGCCCAGUGCCUACACCAGCUUUCUUAUAUUUAUCAGUUGCAACAGCUUUUGGAGGAGAUAGGCAAAAUCUUUACUUUGCUCUUUAUUCAGGACAGUAGUUUCCGUACCCAAGUGUCCCUGUACGAGUAUGGUGUUCGUACAAAGGACAUGCUACUUCAGGAAAAUGUUCUUCAGUAUCUCUCCUGGAACUUUGAAUUCUUUGCUGACUCUCCAGCAUGGAAAACUGUCUCCAUACACUUGAUGAAGGAACUUCUGUCUCGUUCAGAUAUCGUGGUGAAAGAUGAGUUUUAUGUGCUUCAGGUCUUGGAAGAUUUAGUCAAAGAGAAAGGAGAGACAGUUAGCUUAGAAGACAAGGUCAGCCUACUAAGUUCCAUUCGCUUCCCCAUGAUUCCAGUUGAAAAUCUUUAUGAUAUUCAGUUCAGCUCUGGCAUGUACCAAAGCAAUGAAGCAUUUUACAGCAGUGCUUUGCUGAAAGGCUUCCAAUUUAAUACACUGCCUUUCUCAAAGAUCAAAGACCAUUUUAAGAACUUUGAGGAAUAUCUUCCCAGGAUUUACACUGCUGAGCCAUGGAGCACUGUCAUCAAUUACACUUCAAACAGUCAAGCUAAUUACUAUCCCUCUCAUUAUUAUUCCUAUGGUAAUUUUCCCUCUAUCUCAUUUGCGACUCCUGCCCAUAACAGUGUGACUUACAAAGAACAAAAAAUCAGUUGGCUAGCACAGAUUUUUAAAAAUAGUUGGGAAUGCUCUAAUCAAGGUUUCAUUUGUGACUCUUUGCCUUUAGCCAGACUCUAUAGCCAACAUGGCCUAAGUAAUUAUAAGGACACAAUUCGCUUCAACAACAAGCUGAUUCUCUCAUGCAAGUCUGAAAACAUUGUGUUCAAUGUCCAAGAUUUUAAAAAUGACAAAGCUGUAGUUCCCACCAACAGCAGUAUGGGUCUGUCCCAUCCCUGCCCUGAUGACUAUAGCUUUAAAGUUGUUGUGAGUCCAGAGUACAUCUGAUUACCUUCUCCUGCACACUAGUGGAUCUCUGUUUGCAAUUUUGUUCUAAUUUUUCUAUCAAAUUAUAGGCAUGCCAAUGAUAGUGAUUUCUUUCAGUUUUUCAGUUCUCCACUGUCACUGUGAAAAAAAAAACAUGUUUAAAAUUAAAGAUUGUUGAGUUGAUUGA